AUGGCAUAGGUGAUUGAAUAAAACUUUCAAGUAAAAGACAUAUGCAAAUGCACCAUUAUAAAUACCACUCAUUACAUCGGAUCGUGCACUGUGAAAUCAGGUAGUGGAAGCUAAAGAAGAAUAUGUAAAAAUGCUCCCAAUACUAUUACAACAAAUGUUGUUGGCUGUGAUUCUUAUAAACCUGAGCAGAAUUGA